AUCCAACAUGUCGACCGGAAAACAAGAUUAUGUAGAAAGGUCAGCAAAGAUGCCGAACAUGGCUGGUUAAGUGCAAGAUCUAACUUUAUGAGUAUGAUGUUUUUUUUUAAGACAAUGAUGUUAAUCUGAAAUUAGAUUACACGUAAAUGACAUAUAUGACCUUAUGAUAUUAAACAUUCAUGCGCAUUCAAAAGCUGAAAAAUACUGUUCACCUGCUUUUCCUUAACCUUGAUAGAGAGAAAGGAAAGGUUCAAGAUUUGUAUCAUUACAACACAGACCUGAAACAAUAAGUGAAUGGUGAUGGCGUUACGAUACUGUAUAAUGGAAAGAUCCAAAGUAGGUAAACUGAAGGAAGCAUAGCUGCAUUAAUUAUUUAGUAGGAAAUAUGCAGCAGAAGUAGCGUAAUACCUCUUUUCAAAAUUGGAUUUCUGCUCUUCUUUUUAAUAAUUUUAGAAAUAUUCAGUCAUAGUGUUUACCGAAAACUUCUAAGAAAAAUAUUAUUGAACGGAAUCAAUACCAAGUGUGCACGUAAUGAGUCAUGUGCAACUGGUAAAAGAACACGAUAAUGAUUUCUUUCAGUCAGAGAGAUGACGUCCCAGACUGCUAACACUGUCCACGUCUUUUCUGUAAUCCCGGCCUUGGCUGAUGCCCUCUCUAAGGGCCUGCCGGACACAACAGUGGUCAACGUGCGUUCCCAUGGCUUUGGAUUCAACGACCACCAAAGAAAAACUGAAAGAGACUUGACAGAUAAAGAACUGAACCUCUUUUCAGAGGCAGAGAUUUUGCUCUGUGAUCCUCAAUCACUGACACAAGUGCUGGUGCGCAAAGGAUUUAACUUUCUGGCAAGACUUCGAUGGGCGCAUACAACGUGGGCUGGUGUCGAUACAGUGAUGAAGACACUGAGUCCAGGGACAGAACUGCCCUUCGCUCUAACUCGCAGUACCACUGAUGGGCUGGCCCGCUUAAUGGCCGAGUAUGUGGUGGGCCAGAUCGUGAGCCACGAGCGUGGAUGGAUGGCCACUUACAUGAAGCAGAUUAACAAAGACUGCAGAGGGUGGCACACCUUUCACUCAUUUCGCGGUCUUGACCAGCUGACUGUGGGUGUGAUGGGCCUCGGUAAGAUCGGCCUCACAACAGCCAAGGUGCUCAAAGGGUUUGGGUGUCGCGUGCAUGGCCUCGUCAGGACACCUCGCUCCCAUUCCUCUGUGGAACCAUUUGUGAACCAGCUGUGGUACGGACAGGAGGGUCUUGCUGACUUCCUCAAAGACUGCGACUACCUGGUCAACCUGCUGCCCUCCACACCCCUGACGCGCGGCCUGCUCGGGGACGCAGUGCUCAGCGGAGCCAGCAGAAGGCCAGUGCUAGUGAACGUUGGGCGCGGAGACAUCAUUACCGAGGUUGACCUGCUGAAGGCACUGAAGCAGGGCUGGCUCUCCGCCGCCCUGAUCGACUGCUUCGAAAAGGAGCCUGUCCCUGAGGAGAGCUUCCUUUGGACACAUCCUAGGGUGGUGAUGACGCCUCAUAAUUCAUGUUUCAACAACGAAGGUUACAAGCAUCAUAUUGUUAAGGAAUUCAGUGCCAACUUUGAAAACUACUUGGCAGGCCAUCCCCUCACCGGCCAGAUAGAUUGGCAAGCUGGGUAUUAAAAGAGGAUGAUCAAGAAUAUCCAAUCCGUCACUCUUCAAGGAUGGAACAAAUGCUGCUAAAGAGUGUAUCUUCAUAAUAUCGUGCAAAUUCUGAAAUAUUUCGAUGCCUUAUCUCGUGUAUUUCUAAGAGGCUCAUGUAGAAGUCAUGUGAAUUUCCUUUACGAUUUUAACAAUUCCACUACGAGUUUGAAAAAAGGUUCUGCACCACAAAGAUCAAAUAUAUCCAUAAACAUCCAUCUGAUCAUCACCCUUCGUCUUCUCAAAGCAGCACUUAGAUGAGAGCGGAACUUUUAAAGGUAAGGGCACAUGAAUGACUUGUGACGACCAGCACAAUAUAAAACCACGUACAGAUAAACGAACGUUACAAUUCUGUCACCCAGAAAAUACCACCUUCACUACUGCUGCCAAUAACCAGUCACAGGAGCACCAUCAUCAUUAAAUACAGUAAUAACAACAGAAGCAGCAACAAACAAGACAAAAACUAACAACAGAAACAACGAAAUUAAAAAUAACAGAAACAGGAAGAACAGCAAAUAACAACAACAGCAACACUGAUGACGACAGAGACGACGACAAAGAUGAAAACAAAACAAUGGAAAUCAUAAAACAGAUUACGUCUUUUCGAAUUUUAGCGGUCAGACGGCAACUUUAACAUUCUGAUCCCCCAACAAUUCAGCUAAAUAAUAUUGAAUGUACCAAAGCACAACCUCACAUCUAUUCGUGGUUAAUGUUUUCAUUCAACUACUGCGUCUUGACUCCCUGACUCUAAAAUGAAACUGGAAUUAACAGCUGAUUUGUCUGAAGAUUGCUUAUUUAAUAUUUGAAUUAAGAAUCUUGUCCGUGAUUGAAUUUCACGAAAGAAAAAUGCAAUUACAACAAUUAUUAUGUUAUUCACCUUAAUACUUUAUGAGUGAGAAGUGGGAAACUAAACUGAGGUGGUUUCCACGAUCCCACGAUUUCUUACCAGUCUACACCUAACAUUUGGUCAUUAUCAUGUAGUUAUUUGAUAAACAAAACUUCAAGUUUGCAUGUGUAUGUUCUUAGAUUUUUAUUUAUCGUGUAGUUACUUGCCAUUCCAUAAAUAGAAUAAAAUGAACCUUCAAAUACAUUUGAAAAAAUACGUCUCUACAAAGAAUUCUACAUGUUCAUUACGAAUGAAAACAGUGUAAGGUAAUUCAUUAAUGAAUUAUUGAAACUCCAAUAAUUGAUAUACAGGUAUUAUGCAUCAGUGUGUGAAUUUCCAUUUGCAAACAAAGUGAAAGAAUUUUUCAGUCGAGAGUGUAGUAUCCCAAAUACAGAUACUAUUAUAUUGAGUAUUAAAGGAACUAUUAUUCAAA